CAUGGAGGUACUUACAUAUAGGUACCUAAAACAGGUACCCACAUACAGGUACCGAACUAUUAGUACCUACAUACAGAUACCCGUCUUCAAUAACCAUUAAAAUUAUUUCAUAUGCUGCAGGACGAUCAAGCAGAAGAGGGGGAGAUGAGAGUAGAGAAGGAGCGGGAGGAUGAGGAAGAGCAUUCCGGGAGGAUAAAGGAGCCUUUGGAGCAGGAGGGGGAGGAAACAACGAUUGAAGAUCAGGAGGUGGAGAAUAAGGAAGGGGAGGAAGAAAUCCCGGAAGAAUGGGCCAUAGCCAUAGAGGAGGCCGAGUGGGAUUAUGAUCCAGAUUACGUGGAAGAUAAUAAGGAGGAGGUAGAGGAGGAAGAAAAGGAGAAGGAACCAGUAAAUAUGUACAUAUGAACAAAUAACCUAAAUCCUACCCAGACAGAAUAUUAGGGCCUAUUUCAGAUUUCGAAAACUAAACCUGGCACUUCUUUCGAGGAUGACGGUGAGGAGGCGGAAGAAGAUAGAGAGGAGGAGGACGAUCAGGUAUAUACCUAUAUCAUAACCCGAAAGUGUAGUGGCUAUUAAGGCUAAACAUUACUCAUAAAAAUUGAAUUUAUCACCUAAUUCGAAUUCGAAUGGGCAUGUUUCAGUUGAUGAACGUGGCAAAACGCCCUAAGAAGACAUUAGAUACUUAAUUCUACUUUCCAUAAACACACAUACAGGUACUCACUGAGACGUACCCACACAAAAGGUACUCACUUACAGGGCCCCACAUACAUGCACCCAUAUACUUGUACCCACAUACAAAUGUCCACAUACAGGUACCCACAUACAAGUACCCACGUACAUGUAAGGUGAAGAUAACGAACAGUGAUCAAUCUCAUAACUCCUACAAGCAAUACAAAAUAGAUAGUUGGGUAAACACGGACCCCUGGACACACCAGAGGUGGGAUGUAAACAAAUACAGCUACUCACAUACCCACAAAUAGGUACACACAUGCAUGUACCAACAUACAU